UAUCAACAAGGCCUAGCUCUCCGAAUCAUCAAAGGCCCCAAAAAUGUCUUCUUCUUCUUCACAGUCGCCGGAGCUGCCAGUGAAACCAGUUCCUGGCGACUGUGGCCAUCACUUCUUUGGUGCAAUUCGAGACCGUUUAGCAUACUUUUAUUAUGAAGGCAGGGACAAGUUCUUUGAGAACCGAAUCCAAAAAUACCAAUCCACAAUCUUCAGAACUAAUAUGCCUCCUGGCCCUUUCAUUUCCUCUUCCCCUCGAGUUAUUUGUCUUCUCGAUGCUAUCUCUUUUCCCGUCCUCUUUGACACUUCAAAAGUCGAAAAACGUGAUGUUCUUGAUGGUACUUACUUGCCUUCUUUGGCCUAUACCGGUGGGCAUCGAGUCUGUGCCUACCUUGACGCUUCCGAGCCAAAGCACAAUUCUCUAAAAUCCUUCUUUUUGUCUACUCUUGCAGCCCGUCGUAAUAAGUUCAUACCGCUCUUUCAAACAGGCUUAUCAGAUCUUUUCGACGAGCUGGAAGCUAAAAUUUCUACCAAAAAAGAAGCAUAUUUUAACACCCUUAGCGAUACCAUGUCUUUCAACUACGUUUUUCACCUUUUCUGUGACAAAAACCCUACUGAAACAAAGAUAGGAUCAAAAGGACCAAAACUUGUUGACAAAUGGUUAUUGUUUCAGCUUGCACCACUUGGAUCACUAGGGUUGUUGCCAAAUCUUCUAUGUUAUUUGGAAGAUUUCUUGUUGCGUACAUUUACUUUCCCAUUUUUUCUAGUUAAAUCUGAUUACAAAAAACUUUACGAUGUCUUUUAUGAGUUCGGGAGCUCAGUCUUGGAUGAAGCUGAAAAUAAGUUCGGGAUUGAAAGAGAUGAAGCUUGUCAUAACCUGGUUUUCCUUGCUGGUUUUAAUGCUUAUGGUGGCAUGAAAGUUCUUUUCCCUGGACUGAUCAAGUGGGUUGCCUUAGCAGGACAAAAGUUGCACAAGAAACUAGCUGAUGAAAUCAGGACCAUUGUCAAAGCUGAAGGUGGGGUCAGUUUAUCUGCCUUGAACAAUAUGGCUUUGACUAAAUCAGUGGUUUAUGAAUUUCUGAGGAUCGAUCCUCCUGUUCCGUUCCAAUACGGCAAAGCUAAGGUUGAUUUGGUAGUCCAAAGCCACGAUGCAGCCUUCGAGAUCAAGAAAGGUGAGAUGAUCUUCGGGUAUCAGCCAUUUGCUACGAAGGAUCCCGAGGUUUUUGAGAAUCCUGACGAGUUUGUGGCAGACAGAUUUCUUGGGGAAGGAAAGAAGCUUUUGAAGUAUGUGUACUGGUCAAACGGGCGUGAGACGGAGGAUUCCACGGCGGAGAACAAGCAAUGUGCCGGGAAAGAUCUGGUGUUGCUGUUGUGUAGAGUAUUGUUGGUGGAGCUUUUCCUUCGUUAUGACACGUUUGAGGUUGAGGUUGGGACGUUUAUGUUCGCAGCAUCAGUGACGUUCAAGUCAUUGACUAAAGCAUCAAGUACUUGACCAGCUAGCCAUGAUAGAUCAUCAUAAAAUUUAGUUAUAUUUGAAGGGUGUUUUCAUCAUCAGCUUCUGAUCCUGUUGAUUUCUCAAUUCUACUGUAUUUCAAUUAUCUCAUGUACCUAUUUGUAAGUAGUUGCUACCAAUACAUCGUUUUAUUAAAAUUGUUUUCUAUAAUUAGAAGAAUAAUGAUAGUACUGCAUGCUGAUAUGAAAUUUGGACAUCAAUUUGAACUUGUUGAUUUUUGGGGGGUUUAUGGAGAGAGGUGGGAGAAGCUUGUAAGAUAACCUUUUCUUGAGCCCCUCAAAAGAGUUGAGUUGUAGCUUUGAGGUGCUUUCCGACGUUAAAUAAUCAAAUAUGCAUUAAGGAGGAGAAUAGAUGAUAUAUUGGAAGCUUAGGUAGAGACUUAGUAGAGAAGAACAGUAAUUUGACCUACAGUUUUGAGCUUUUACCUAAUACUUUAUGACUCGAGUUACUGGUGAUAGUGGUUGUCGUUACCAACUGGUCAAUACGUCAUCAAACUUUGUCUGGGUCCGUAGU